CUCGGCGGACGCCCGAAGGCGCAGCGCAGGGGCUGGGGAAGGCGGGCGGCAGGAGGCGCUUGGCUGGAAGGCUUCUCCGCACGCGAGUGAAUAUGGGACAAGCUGGUACAGAAUUCCAAAGCCUCCGACUUUCACAGAUGACCAUAUGGACGCACUUUUAACAGCCCUUGUUCUCAUACCAAAGAUCACUGUAAAUUCAUGCCGUCAGACUCUCUGCUCCGCGUGCUUCCCAUGAGCUGUAAAAGCCAAACAGCCUGCAUUGUUAUUUGAAAACCCCCCCAAAGCGAAGAGGACUCAAGGAUGGGAGAUUCUCUGGCGAAUACCACAGGCGGGAGCCCAGAGAUGUAUUGUAAAGAUACUCAAACUGAACUUGCCGAAAGAGUAGCUGCUAUUGACGUUGCUGUGGGCCCUGAUGCCGUGACCCAGAAUGGUCAGGAAACUGUAAAAGAGAGUGAUGCUGUGUGUACUAAGAAUGUUGCUAACAACCAAAGGAAUGGGAUCAGCAUUGAACGGGGGUCCUCUGAAGAGCUGGACGGGGCUCACGAACUGAUGGCACCCAAGAGAGUCCCAGCAAGGCCCAUUCUCUCUGGGAGGAAGUACUCUCUUCAAGAACGGUCCACUGGAAAUUACUUGACUUCUACCGAUGCCCAAGGCUUUGGUCCUUAUGCCACAGGGCCUUCCACACACAUCUCACCGCGGAUCGUGAGGAGACCAACGAUAGAGUCCCAUCGCGUCUCCAUCUCUGAUGCUGCGGAUUGUGUGCAGUUGAACCAAUACAAGCUGAAGAGUGAAAUAGGAAAGGGCUCUUACGGUGUUGUGAAGCUAGCCUACAAUGAGAAUGAUGACCAAUAUUAUGCCAUGAAAGUCCUCUCCAAAAAGAAGUUAUUGAAGCAAUAUGGAUUUCCACGUCGGCCUCCUCCUCGGGGCUCCAAGGCGGCUGCUGGCGGGCAAGCGAAACCGAUGGCUCCCCUUGAUCGGAUUUAUCAGGAAAUAGCCAUUUUAAAGAAACUGGACCAUAUCAACAUUGUCAAACUUAUUGAGGUGCUGGACGAUCCUGCCGAAGACAAUUUGUACAUGGUAUUUGACCUCCUGCGAAAGGGGCCUGUCAUGGAAGUGCCAUGUGACUCGCCUUUCACUGAGGAACAAGCUCGACUCUACUUCAGGGACAUCGUCUUGGGCAUUGAAUAUUUACAUUACCAGAAGAUCAUCCACCGGGACAUCAAACCUUCCAACUUGCUUUUGGGAGAUGACGGCCAUGUUAAAAUAGCCGAUUUUGGCGUGAGCAAUCAGUUUGAAGGGAACGAUGCCCAGCUGUCCAGCACUGCGGGAACACCAGCCUUCAUGGCCCCUGAAGCUAUUUCAGACACGGGGAAGAGCUUCAGUGGAAAGGCGCUCGAUGUCUGGGCCAUGGGCAUCACUCUGUAUUGCUUUUUAUAUGGAAAGUGUCCUUUUAUCGAUGAGUUCAUCCUAGCACUACACAACAAAAUCAAGAACAAGCCAGUGGAGUUCCCAGAACAGCUCCAAGCCAGCAAGGAGUUCAAGGAUCUGAUUCUAAAGAUGCUGGAUAAAAACCCUGAAACUAGGAUAACAGUUCCUGAAAUUAAGUUACAUCCUUGGGUGACCAAGUUCGGAGAAGAUCUUCUACCUCUAGAGGAAGAUCAUUGCACUGUCGUGGAGGUAACGGAAGAAGAAGUCAAGAACUCUGUGAAGACAAUUCCUAGUUUGCCUGCUGUGAUUUUAGUGAAAGCCAUGCUGAGGAAACGAUCCUUUGGCAACCCCUAUGAGGCUCAAGCGAGACGAGAAGAGAGAUCGAUGUCAGCUCCAGGAGACUUAUUGAUAAAGCAAGGAAGUCGAGAAGCGAUAAAGGAUCCAGAUCUCCCUGACGUGCACGAAGACGAGACAACUUCGUGAAGCUGUUUGCACACCCUGGACCAAUCAUUCAACUGCUGCUGCUGUACCCAUUGCGGUGUUGUCUUGCACGCUGAACUGCCUCAUCAACCAAAGUUUGUAAACUUGCAAAAAAGAAGAAAUAAUAAUAAUAUUACACAAUACAGUGAAACUCCAGAUGGUACUAGCAGCAAGGUACAUGGACCAGUUGACUCUUGCCGCGACUGGCUUUUCCACAUUUGUUGUAUCGUAAAACACUUUGGUGUUGUGUGCCUCAUCCUCCGUUCGUGCUUCACGUCGUGGUAUGUGGUCAGUGUAGUUUGGUAACUUGACUGACGAAUGCGUGUCUGUUUUGUAAAUUGAGCCAAAAUGUUAGGGACUGCUCAGCUAAUGCCACCUUUCUGGCUUUCUAUUUUAAUUGCAACUAUUCAAUUUCUGCACCACGAUAAAAUGUUUACAUGAUACGAGAAGUUAAAUUUUAGAAAUUGGAUGCAUUAUGUAUUUGCUGUUGAGUUUUGAUGAAAUUGGACCCAAAAUUCUGUUCUCUGUAGAGUUUUAUGCUUUAACGCAUCUCUUAAAUUGGGUUCUAUGUAUGUUGGGCCAUGCCAGGUUUUGUUUAAAAUAGAGGAAAUAUGCAAACUAUUACAGCUCCCUGGCAGAUUGCAAUCAAGCACGAGAUCAAAGAUUUUGCAUAUUCUUAAAGUCCAGAGGCAAAAGAUGUUCCCUCCCCAAACAUCUUUGUGUCAGUGGCCUUCAUGCUGAGAAUAAUAAUAAUAACCAUGUGAUUAGUGCCACACUCAAGAGUGGUUAACAAAGUCAGUGUUGUUAUUAGCCCCACAAUAUAGCUGAGGUUGAGGGGAGUGGCUUACCCAAGGCCACCUGCAGAGUUCAUGGCAGUAAUGGGAGUCAAUCAAGCAGAGUGCUGGCUCAGAGGCCAGCCACAUAACCACUACAUCACAGAACUUGUGAUUGCACAUGAUGAGGGAGGUGAACUGGAGAUGGAAAAGCUUUUAGGUCUUUCAGCCUAAAAUAUGCACCUGAAACAUUCCGUAGCGUCCUACAUCCAUGUCUGGGCUGUUGCUUCAGGAAGAUUCAGCAACCUAGUAGUGACGGAAUGUUUACUGGACAGCUAGAACAAAGAAGAAAAAAGGGGGUGUGGGGGAAGGUCCCCACCAACUCAACCCAAACAAGCAGGGGAACAGAAUAGAGGGGUCAAGUAACAACCUAAAAAUAUAUAUUAGAAAGUCUUUAUUAUAGAUUAUAGAUGUGCACAAGUAUAGAUUAAAAGCAAGUUUAAAAUGUAAGGCCUGAAUGGCAGGCUACGUGUAUAUACUAAAACUUGCUAAAACAUCUCAAGGUACAGAUGAUGGUACAGUGCAAUGACCAACACAAAUAGACCAAGGUACAGUAAAAACAAAAAACAACCAGACACGUUUCGGCCCUAAGGCCUUCCUCAGUAGUCAGUUGUAAACAAUUAAUAAUCAAACACACCCACACUUAUAGAAACCAGUCCAUGAAAUGCUCCUGGUGUUUUAUCUAGAGCUCUAGUAUUGUGUGAUAAAAUACAAAUAUUGCAGUAGACCCAGGACGUCAUUCACACGGUGCUCUUUGACGCUUGGUUUCCAAUGUAUAAGGGUGUGUCACAUCAAUCUGCAGUAAAGAUAGAAUGGCACCCAUUAUAUCUUUAAUAAAUACUUACUAAUAUAUAUUUUUAGGUUGUUACUUGACCCCUCUAUUCUGUCCCCCUACUGGACAGCUAGACCAUGGCUGAUUCCGCACACGUUGGAUAAUGCACUUUCAAUGCACUUUAUCAAUACUUUGGGGUGGAUUUUUUGUUCCGCACAUGAAAAAAUCUGUUCCAAAUGAUCUAUAAAGAGGAUUGGAAGUGCAUUAUCUGAUAUGUGCAGAAUCACUCCAUGUUCUGCUUUUGGAACCAGAUAGUAAAAUCAGGACAGGGUUCAGAAGAAUUAGGGCACAAACAGCCAUGACGGAAGGAGCCAAUUUGGGAAUGGUUGAGAAGGGGCCGUGGAUCAGUGUUUGAGCAUAUGCUUGGUAUGCAGAAAAUCUGAGGUCCAAUCCCGGCACCUCCUGCUGAAAGGGUUCAGAACGGCAAUGACCUCGGCUGAGACCAAGUGACCACAGUAAACAACUCUAACCUUGAUAGACCCAGUGAUCUGACUCAACGUUGUGUUCAUGUGACAAAGAUCAUGGAUCACCAUCUAAUUUGGUUCAGGGCUAAGCAAGGAAGGGAUUUAAUCUUCCCACUCCCGCUCAGUUUUUGCUAAGCAGAAACAGACCCUUCACUCCGCUGGCAGCAUUUUAAAGGGGAAAAUGUUCUUAACAUUUUUAUUUUAAAACACAGAUAACACCAAGGGGAGCCUGGUUUUAACAGUGAAACCAAGCAGGGAUGCAGGGUGGAACCGAGUGGUGGAAUCCCCUGUCCCAAAAAAGGGGAAAGGGAAGAACGACUCUGAAAAACCAAGGACAGAAGGUACUCAGUACCAGAGGUAACAAAAUGAAGCAAAAAUGAAGCAAAAAAGUCCUGAAGAUUGUGUAAAUAAAUAUUAUUAAUCACUGUGAGCAACACAAAAAAUAAAUGAAAUGAACCAAAAUAGAUACCAAGAUUGUAAUAAAUGUAUACAUAUCAUAUGCAGAGCAGUUACAUACAUUAAACAAGGAAACUUGUAGUCAGAAAAAUAGCUGUGCAGUCCAAAAAGCAAACAAUUAACCAUAUACAAAAAUCCCCUGUCCCUUCUUCAGGUGAUCCCAAUCUGAAUGGACUCUAUAGCUGUGUGCAGUUUGUCUUUUACAGACUGACAGAGAUCUUUGGAAUGUGUCCUCACAUGACAGCUGGCAGAUCUUCAGAAGGGGACUCGUGAUGAAAUCUAGAGAAGCUCAUUUAUGUCUGUGGGAAUCUUCCCAGGACUGACCAAAGAAUGCUACUGAAUUUCGGCGCCAAAAUCCCUAUUUCAGUUUAGCUUUUCCCCUGAGCAAAUUGAAUUUACGGGUAUUUUUAGCACCAUUUUCUGUUCCUUCAUAAACAUUCUUUUCACAGUUCAUUUUGCAUAGAUCACAUAGAAGUGGUGUACAAACAUAAAAAGGGCAUGGAAGAAACAAACUGGAAAUGACAGCCAUAAAACUGUCACAAUGACAAAACAGGAGAACAAAAGAAAUUUAAAAGGGUGUAUUCGUAUAUCCCUGUACAAUGAUCAGAACCAGAAACAUGAACAGCCUAUGAAGAGAGCUUUAGUCAAUUCUGGCUUAUACAGAGAAACUGUUAGUCAGACAGUUGGCAGAGCAAGAGUAAGACUAAAUACUGCCGUGGAUUGACCUGCUAGAAGAUUAACUCCAUUUCCAUAAGCCGGCAAAAUUCAGUGGAUGGAACACACCCUGAUUUGAAAGAGUGUAAAUUGUGUGGCAUUGUGUUAUGAUAACAGCACAGAUACACGGAGGGAAAAAGCCUCAGCAGGUCUACUCAGCAGGUUUUUAGGAUUACAGCUUGAGACACUGUUGGGCAUAACCAACUAGUUGUUUUAAAUAAAUGUCUGGAGAAUCCAAGGCAAAACGUGAACGAGUGAAAUUAAACCACAAAACACCUACCUUGUCCUAGGUGGUACUUUUGGUCUAACUCCCGCUCAGGCCUUUACAUAAAAGACAGCAGCUGUCUAUUACCUAAAAGCAAACUGCUGUCAAACGCACUGCUGAUAAAUGCAGAAAGACACAAUAAAUAGUUCCAGUAGGAAUAACUUCCUUCCCCUAGGAACAGGAGUGCCCGCUUUGAACUCUGACAUAGUUUAUGAUAAUCUGCAUUUCAUGCAGAAAGGGGCAUAGGAUUGCAGUAUGACAGUGCAAACCUUAACAGAGCUACACUGUCCUAAAUCAAUGGAUUGGAAGAGCAAAACUCUGCUCAGGAUUGCACUUUAAUCGCUUAUCUGAAUUUCGCUUCCUUCGGCAAGUAGCCCCAUUCUAUCAAAUGAGUAUAAUCUUUAGAACCUUUAGAACCUGAGUAUAAUCUACAGAACCUUUCAAAGAUCCUUCCAGUUAUCAGACAAGCUAGCUGGGAAUCACUGAAGCACCUCCACAGAAUACUGAGAAAUAACAUCUCCUUUUCCUGUUGCUCUGUCAAAAAUGAUUGCAUGUGUAGGUUUUAGAAUGACUGGAAGCAGCUGCACAUUGCUACGAGAGAAAGGAAGGAAGAGAUUAAAAGAGACAGGCCGCUUCUAAAAGAGCGGCAAGUACCCUUUUAUCUUUUCCCAGAUACACAAUCUUUUAUCAACUCCUCUUGUCUACCUGCAAAGAUAGUGCUGAGGUAGAUCAAUGGUAUGAUUCCGUGUAAGACAGUUUCUCUGCAGAGCUCCGUGGAAGAGCAACAUGAAUUGCGUGCCAGAUGUUCAGUUCUGAGCAACUCCAGCUAAAAGGAACUGAUGUAGAAAGAUCUCAGCUGCUGCUAAGUGGACUACAAAGCACUUGGACAAAGGAUAACCAAUACGCAUCAAACUUCAUGUAACCGGGGGAAGGGGGGUUGUCAUGCAAAACAGAGCAAGAGGAUCUAAGCUUCCAUAUGUGGCAUCGCCACUUGGAGACAGGGUUGUAAAACCCUCUUUCCUGAGACUCUGAACUGCUGGUAGCCAGAGUAGUGGACCCUGCUAGACUUCCAUCCAGGCCCCUUUCAGAAGUUUGCAACUGUCAUGUUUGAGCGGCAUUAAAUCCUUUUAUGCACGGCAGAUCACUGCUUUGAUGGCCACAGCAGCGAAUAAUAACACAUGAGCCAGGCCUUAGUUCAACUCAGAACUUCUUUGAGCCGAGCCAUGAUUUUAGCUCCUUAUGGAAGCCAUGAUCUUCACCUUUUGAAAAGAAUUGCCCAUGUUAUCACCACCACCACUCCAUAAAGGGACCAUUCACUUUGUCCAAUAACUUGGGAAAAAUCAGACACAUGGACAACGCGCUGCCCUAACAAUCAAUGAAACUAAAGAGA